GAGUCCAAAAUAAUUAGGAAUCCAAAACCCACUAUGUACGCCCCAGUUCCCAAAAGAGCUUUCUCGCUCCGCUGCGACCCCAAAAGGCCAAAAGAGAAAAAGUAGAGAUCUUUGUGCUCUCUCCCUCGUCCUCGUCCUCGUCCUCUUCCUCGUCCCAGGGUAUAUAGCGAUCGCGGGCGCGCAAAUCGCCGCGGGGAGAAGCGAUGCGGGGGCCGCGGCGGCCGCUGAGCGUGGUGGCGGGGUGGGUGCGGCGGCAGCCGCCGAAGGUGAAGGCGUUCCUCGCCGUGGUCGCGGGCAUGGCGGCGCUCGCCUUCAUCCGCUUCAUCGUCCACGACCACGACAACCUCUUCGUCGCCGCGGAGGCCGCGCACGCCCUCGGCAUCUCCGUCCUCAUCUACAAGCUCACCAAGGAGAAGACCUGCGCCGGAUUGUCCCUCAAAUCUCAGGAUUUAACAGCUUUAUUUCUUGCUGUUAGAUUGUAUUGUAGUUUUGUCAUGGAGUAUGACAUCCACACACUGCUGGACACCGCUACACUUGUGACUACUCUUUGGGUUAUAUAUAUGAUUCGAUUUAAGCUAAAGUCAUCUUAUAUGGAGGACAAGGACAACUUUGCAAUCCAUUAUGUGGUCUUGCCUUGUGCUUUACUAGCAGUACUUAUUCAUCCUUCCACAUCACAUAAUAUUGUGAACAGGAUUUGUUGGGCUUUCUGUGUUUACCUAGAAGCUGUUUCAGUGUUACCUCAAUUGCGACUGAUGCAAAACACGAAGAUUGUUGAGCCCUUCACAGCUCAUUAUGUUUUCGCCUUGGGAGUAGCUAGGUUUUUGAGUUGUGCGCACUGGGUCCUUCAGGUUUUGGAUACUCGCGGGCGCUUAUUGACAGCUUUGGGCUAUGGUUGGUGGCCUUCUAUGGUUCUUCUCUCGGAGAUUGUUCAGACUUUCAUCCUCGCAGACUUCUGCUACUAUUACGUGAAGAGUCUUGUAGGUGGGCAACUGGUGCUACGCCUUCCUUCCGGAGUGGUGUAAAAUAAAGCGCGGCGUGGAAACUUCUCGGAUUUACUCGGUUAACUAAUUUAACUCAAAUGCUUGACCUUUUGAUCGUCUUCUCACCAUGAUAAGGCCUGAUAUGUUUUUCUGAUCUGUUUUCUCGUAUCAGAUUGUAGUGAAAAUAAUCGUAAAAUGUAGUUUUCACAGAAGAAUCUUUUACCCGACGGUCGCCCUAGGACUGCAAAACUUCCAUGGAAUGCGGUAUCGCUCUCUGCGUGCCGUUGCUCUCUUAAUGAAAAUCUCCUGGUUGUUUGGUUGGUUAAUUAACCACUGUUUGUCAUGUUCAUAUCAUGAGUUUCUGAGAUUUCAAUUUUUUUUUUUAAUAAAUAUUGGUGGUCAUUCAGCAUUCUAUUUGAUGUUUAUUCUCGUGGAUAUCGAAAACAAACUUUGGUUGCUGUAGUUGUUACGCUUUGAGGGGAGAUGCAUUUAAACAAGUUUGUAUUUAAACAAAUUUCGACAAACGGCAGAAUCCAUUGAUAAAUGAAGUUUCUAAGAUUUCUAUUGUA